AUGUGGGGUGAAGAGAAGGGUCAGUUUCGAAGGGGACUCCAGGGCAAGCAGACGUUUCACAGACUACAAACAGUUGACAAAUCCUCACUAUCUGACACAAGUCUUGAUAAAAUAGACGACACCCUCAAUUCUGGAAAUGCUAAUCAAUUGGAAUGUCGAAGGUCCAGAAGGAAAAGAAAUAAUUGUUUGACUAAUGAUAAGAUUUCAAUUAAAAGAAGAAAAUCUCAGAAAAUUGACAAUAUAGUAAAUAGAGAGACAUCAGUUAUUGCUGCUAUUACUGAUCCAAACUCUAGAGAUUUUAAUUGUAAAAUUGAAACUGUGUCAUCAGGUAGAGUGACAGCAUCAAAAUACUUUAAUAACGAAUUUGUUCUUCUGUCAGAAAAUUACACAUCUAAGUCAUCACCUAAAUCAGAAAAUAAUAAAGAACAAGACUUAGUAGAAAUAUUAGAUUUACAAAAACUAUCCACUCCUUUUCAAGAAGAAUCUGAUGAAUUAAAAAUUCCUGUUGGAAAUUCUGCAGAGAAACUAAUUGGUAAAGAUCAUGUAUUUUGCUUGAAACUGGUCAUUUAUCCAGAAACAUGUUCACCUUGCAGCUGUCACAUUAAAUAUUACAAACAGGCUCUAAAAUGCCAAGACUGUGGAGUAGCUUGUCAUCCAGAAUGCAUAGAUAAAGUGCCUUUAUUAUGUGAUUCUCUCUCUUAUACUCCAAGUAAUAAAGAAAAAAUGGGCAUGAUAACAGACUAUACUCCACUUGUUCCACCAAUGAUUCCUACUUUGAUAAUACAUUGCAUUAAGGAAAUAGAAUUGAGAGGACUGAAUGAAAUUGGUCUUUACAGAGUAUCUGGUAAUGAAGAGGAUAUAAUAGAACUAAAAGAGAAAUUUUUAAGAGAGCAAGCAGUACCUGAUCUGUCAAAAAUCGAUAUUCAUGUCAUAUGCAGUACAGUUAAGGAAUUCUUAAGAACUCUUCAAGAACCAUUGAUAAUAAGCUCUGCAUGGUCAAACUUUGUUAAUGCAUCAGAAAAGGAAGAUAAUGAAGACAGUCAAAAUAGUAUACAUCAAGCAGUGAUUCAGUUGCCAAGACCAAACAGAGAUACAUUAUCUUACAUUAUUCUCCAUCUUCAAAAAGUUGCUAAAAGUCCAAAAUGUAAGAUGCCGAUAAGCAAACUGGCAAAAAUUUUUGGUCCAAUAAUUAUAGGAUUUUCUACUCCAGAUCUGUCAAUAAUGGAUAUGGUAACAGAAACUAAAAAGCAACAUAUGGUAAUGGAAAGGUUGUUAACUAUAUCAAGUGAUUAUUGGAACAACUUUGUAGACUAUCCUGAUGAGAAUAUUUUCACAAUGGUUCCUAAAAAUCCAGAAUAUAGACUAGUCCAUGCUAGAAGUAUACUUGGUCCUCUGCCUGAAUGUAAUCAGGAUUCUCUGUCAAAGAAGUUCCAAGAAGUGUUGGGAAAACCACCUCUCUGCAUAAGGUUAGUUUACUUAUUUAUAAUAAAUAUUAAUUUUUUUAAUAUUCAAAAGGUAAUGCUUUCAAAGAAACAUAAUUACCACCCCUAAACAAGAACACCAUAGAUAAAAGCA